GGGAGCCGUGGUGAACGCAGUUCUCGACUGAUCGCCGAGAAGGUGUAACGGUGUUGCUAGAUGCGAGUGACGGCGAGGCGUACGAAAAGCCACGUGAUCGACUCUUUCACCGGCUGAACGUGACAGCUGAACGCGGCGACAGCCUUCGCGAUCAUUCGUUCUACUUCUUCGUCGUCGACCUUCAACCACUUAAGGAGUGUCACUGCUCUAUAUUGUCGUAAAUUUCUUGAGUCUCGUCGCGAAACAAAACCUAAACAGAUCAUGACAGCAAACGUAAAGCAUGGUUGAUCGUUGAGCCGGGUUUCAUGCAAAAAUUUAUAUAUGAUUUAUUUUUUCGAUCGAGCUCUUCCGUUAUCUUUGCUCGUCGAAUAUGAGUGAUGUUCCGGUUCGUGAGCAAAAGAAGUCGUAUGUCGAUCAAAGACGCGUUUAAAUUGUUUAUUUGGUCCGGAAAAUCAGGAUAGCUUUCGAGAGGGGGGCGUGUUUAAUUUGAUCGUCGUUGAGACACGCGGAUUGAGACAUGCCAGAGAAACGUAGUUAACCAGAUACGUGAUUCUUGUGUGAUACAGCGUGAACGGCGCGGCAUCGUGCAGUGUUUAAGGGUGUUGAAGGUGCGUCCAAUGAAGGGAUAAGAAUGUCACCGGUGCUACAGCGGUAGAGGGUGUCACGGAUCUGGGAUUUUCGAGGCUGAGGAGCGCUUAGAUAAGGCAUGCUAUGCGUCAGAAGACUGGAAACAGAGGUUCUCGCGGAAGAUGACAGCGUUAAGUAGAUAAAGGAACAGCUGCUGGUUCCACCGACCGACGACGACGACGAUUCAUCGCGUUUUCCAUGCAGUGCACAAUGCUCUGCCAUCGCGCUCUUGUCGUUCUCUUUGCUGUCAACGUGCCAAUCGUGACGGGGCUCGAGCCAGACUUCACAUACCCGUUGGAGAACUUAACGAUCUCGCAGGGUCGAGACGCAACCUUCACCUGCGUGGUGAGCAACCUCGGUGGAUACCGGGUGAGUCCUUCCUCCUCCGCGAGCGGAGAUCACUCUGGCGGCGCCAAGGCCCGGGUGGCGUGGAUCAAAGCAGACACCAAGGCAGUCCUGGCGAUUCACGAACACGUGAUCACGAACAACGCGCGUUUAUCAGUAACACACAGUGACUACAACACGUGGACGUUGAAUAUUCGUGGGGUACGCCGAGAAGAUCGAGGCAUUUACAUGUGUCAAGUCAACACGGAUCCUAUGAAGAGUCAGAGCGCGUUUCUAGAAGUGGUGAUACCGCCGGACAUAAUAUCCGAAGAGACCUCGAACGACUUGAUGGUACCUGAGGGCGGAUCCGCAAAACUGGUCUGCAAGGCUCGCGGCUAUCCAAAACCUGAGAUCGUAUGGAAGCGAGAAGAUGGCGCCGAGAUUAUUUCCCGUGCCGGAUCGUCCGGUGGCAAAACGAAAAUAGCUACUGCUGAAGGGGAAAUGCUGACUUUGUCGAAAGUAACCAGAAGCGAGAUGGGCACCUACCUGUGCAUCGCGAGUAACGGAGUACCACCAUCAGUCAGCAAACGAAUGAUGCUGCACGUACACUUUCACCCGAUGGUUCAAGUACCAAACCAGCUAGUCGGCGCGCCAACUGGAACCAACGUAACGCUGGUUUGUCUCGUCGAAGCUUCUCCGAAGGCCAUUAAUUAUUGGACACGCGCAUCAGGCGAAAUGAUAAUUAGCAAUCACAAAUACUCGAUGUCAGAAGUGAAGACAUCCGUGUACAGUGUACAGAUGCGCUUGGUAAUUAUGAAUCUACAGAAACAGGAUCUCGGUGGUUACAAGUGCAUCUCAAAGAACUCGAUCGGCGACGCAGAGGGAAACAUUCGAAUUUACGAUAUGGAUCUACCGAAACACUCGAAGAAACUGGGAGACCGAAGAUUGGACAGUGACACGAACGAAGCGGUCAACGAUCGAGAUCACAGACUGACUAACGUGUAUCAAGGCUCUUUACGGGAAACGGGUUCAACCUUGGAACCAUUCUUCAACAGCGACGACGCAACCUCGUCGACGUCCUCAAACGACAUUUUACCACCCGCCUCUUGUAUUCUUCUAAUAACAUUGUCCCAACUGCUCGCUUUGACGUAA